UAAAUAUUAAAUAUAAAUACUAGGUCAGUAUAAUGAGUAAUUUAACAUACUGUCUUGCUGGAAGAGAAUAUGGAUGUUUUGUUCAGCGAAAAAUUGAAAAAGUUCUCGAAAAGAAAGUUGCAGUUAAUAGCACACUUGAACUAUCAUACCAAGUUCCACUCACUGCAAGAUCAACAUUUUGCAUAGGAUUUAGUCCAGAUAGAAGAACGAUUGCAACCAGUCAUGGUGAUCAUUCUGUGCGGAUUUCAGAUUGCAUUAAAAUGAAGACUGAGCAUGUUUUAAAAGGACAUUCUAGAACACCGUGGUGUGUAGAGUUUCAUCCCAAAAUCAAUUCACUUCUUGCAUCAGGUUGUCUUAGUGGGCAAGUGUUUAUUUGGAACUUAGAUAAUAAAGAUCAAAUUGGAACGCUUAUAUUUCAAUCCCAAAGAGCAAUCUCUUCUAUUGCAUUUCAUCCUAUUGAUAGUAUUUUAGUCAUCACAUCAGGAAAUGUGUUAGUUUUUUAUGAUUGGAAUCAAUUCAAAGUUAUUAAAAAAUUAGUGACGAAGACAGAGGUUGAGAACAUUAGGUAUGUGAAGUUUCUGCCUUUAGGAGACAAACUUUUAACCGGUAUUAGAAAUCACCCUUCACAGACUAACUUUAGUACAUCAACUGAAGAUAACAUAACUCCUGUUGUUUCAGUUUCCAGUCCAGUGAAUUCAAAAUUAGUUUCCAGUCCAGUGAAUUCAAAAUUUAGUACUAAAUAUUUUAACGACACCAAUUGUGAUUGUAGUAAAUACGUAAAAUGUGAUAAGAAACAUUGUAAAAUAGAUACCCAUAAAAGAAAAAAACAACUGAAUUUAAGUAAAAUGGAUACUUCAUUGAUAAAUGAUUCUAAUGAAGCAAGUUGCAGUUCAAAUGUUGUUGAAGAAGUUGGUUGCAGUGUAGAUAAAUUGUCAUCACCUUGUUACAAUGCAUCUGUUUCAAAAGAAAAUUCUAUUAAUGAAAGGUUAGAGUUGCAAAACUGUAUUAAAUGCAGAGAAAAUUCUAUUAAUCAAAGUUCAUCUUCUUUACGCAGUGUAAAUGGUAACUCAGGAGAUACUAGGAAUUCAACGCCUAACACACAAGUAACGCAAACCGAGACUUUAGCUGAUAAUGUUAUGCAUCAAAUAAUGGAAACCCAGUUGUACAAUCCUGCAGUGAGGUUGUUAAUUGCAAGAACCUUUGCUGCACAUGGUUCAAUUGCUGUUGCAAGCAAUAUUGCUGAAACAACCAAUCGGAUACAGUUGUGGAAUUCUUCAAAUGAAAGUGAACCAGAUGUUAAAAAUACUACAGCCAAUGUUAUUAUUCCACGUUGCAAAAUCCACAACGAUAAUAGUAUUGACAUUUCGUCAGAUGGAUCUUUACUUGCAGCAUUCUUACCAAUCAAAUAUAACUCUCCAAUGGAUAUUGAGCUGCAAGUGAUAUCACUAAAACCAGAAAAUUACUUAAACUGUAUUUACUCAAAAAAAUUUGGUCCAAAUGCAGUAUCAGUUUCUUUUUCUCCUCUAUAUAAUUAUAUUGUUGUUGGUUUGGCAUCACGAAAGUUUGAAAGGUGUCUUAGUGUUCCAAAAAAGCAAGUUAUUGGACAGAUUUUAGAAUUGCAAAUAGAUUCUGAAAAACAGUCACCAGAUUCAAAGGAUAUUUUCAAUAUAGUACAUGAGAACAGCUACACCAAUGAAUAUCAUUUUAGUGUCAACACAGUUCGGUUUCAUCCUAUGCCUGGUAUGGGUAUUGUUUAUGGCUCAAAUCGGGGUCAUGUGCAACAUUUUCAAAUUGGACCAGAUUUGAAUUUAAUGAAGUAAAAAAUUGAAGAAUAAAUUUUAAAUGUGGAAUUUGGUUGAAUGAAUGUGAUUGUUUGGAUUUCAAUGAAUCUAAUGAAAGGGAUUUUUAAUGAAUGUAACUGAAAAAAAAGUUAAUAUACUAAAGACUGUAGUACAUAGAAGGCAAAGAAAGAUUUGUGCAGAAACACAACAGUUUACUUAUAAAUCAGUUGAAAAGCUGAUGAUGGAUACUCACAUGAUGGUGAUGAAGAUGAGUCAAUAAAGAUGACAAAAAAUCAUAACUUAUCAAUUGAUUGGCAUGGUAAUGUAUUGAAUGCUAAUGAUGCUGGAACAAUAAAAAAAAG